CUUAGUAUUCGGAUAAAUGUUACCCACCCGAAUAAAAACGGGUCAAGUCCUAAACAUGUCGUUUGAACCUCAUAACCUGAAGCCAAGACGACGGGGAAAAGAUAAGAAAAGAAAAAUGGCGGAAGAUACGUUGUAUCUUCAACUGCACAAGCUUUCAUCUGUAAAAUCAGAGCAAAUUCUGGACCAAAUUUUAACAACACUAUGGAAAACUCGAAGGUGCGGUCUUCGCCCGCCCGACAAGUCUCGGUUUCAUUCUCUCCUUUCGCUCCCUUCCCUUCCCGACCUCGACCCUGUAUUGGCAUGCCUUCGAUUGCUUAUCAGGAAAUCUGUACAUGAAAAUUUCAAUGGCGAUGAUCUUUUGAAGCUGUUUCCGCCUGAUUUGUCACUUGAUUUGCAAAGUCUUCUGGUUCUAUUGUUGCAGAAAUAUCAGAGUCAAUGGAAGGAAGAACUAGCAAAAGAACAGCAUCCACAUUCAUUGCCAAGGACCAGUGUUUCCUAUCAGAUAAAGGCAAACGCACCACCAUCUUUCACACCAUUGCCAUAUUCUGAUAUUCCAACUUCCUUGUGGUCUCGUCAAGAUGAUCCUAGUACCAGCACUAAUCUUGGUGAUUUUGGGGCUUCACCAAUCAUUGCUGACGCAGCUGGUUUUCGUCUGGCUCCCUUGCUAAUGCAACAGGAUGCUGGUCCUCCAGACAAUCUGGAAGUUUUACCCCGGCUUAAGUCAAUGACAUGGACCGUGGAGAAUCUCAACUCAGCGCCAGCCAAUAAAGCAGCUAUUAUCCAUCUUAAGCUUCAAGAUUAUACCAAGUCUCCUUCAGGAGAGAGAGAAGUGAAAUUUCAGCUGACUAAAGACACACUUGAAGCUAUGUUGAGAUCAUUGACUUACAUCAGCGAACAACUUUCAAACAUGAAAGUUCAAGCCUGAAUCUGUUCAAAAUGGUCAAAGUAUUCAGAGAUUUAAGUGGUAGUGAACUGAUUAAUCUUGUUGGAUGAGCUGUUAUGCGUCAUUCAAAUUGGCUGAUUUGGAGUAUAAGUUAUAUGUCCUGAUGCUGUACAUAUGACCAAUGUCACCGGACUUGAGAGUGUUGAAGGUUGGUAUGUAUCCAUCAUAGAUAUAAUUUAUAAUUUUAAAAUUCUUUUCACAUCAUUAAAGGAUCAUAUCCCCAUACAGCCAUACUCUUGUCCAAAUAAGUUUCAGGAACAGUUUUCAAACCAUAACAUGUAAUGAAAUCUGGUAAAGUUUUGCCUGUGGACUUCGAGUAUUUCUC